CGCGUCGUCAUUUUGCAUCUUCUCGUCGCAUUGCACUAGUACCCCGCCGGGCUUCACCCAUCUGCUGCUCUCCCACUACACAUAACUAUCUCUUGCGUCGAGGCCGCCUUGCCCGCACCCACUGCCAUCAUGUCCUUCUCUGGCUUAUCCUUCAUCUUUUGGCGCAUCUUCCAGUUCGUCACCCUCGUACCGACGCUGGGUAUGCUGGCCUGGUUCGUCGAUUGGUACAACUCGCGCCGGCUCCUUACUCCAACAUCCAUUCUUGUUCUCUUCAUCGUCUCGGUACUCGGUGCAGCAUGGGUCAUGGCCACUCUCUUUCUCUACACACGCGCCAGGCACUCUGCUAAAUUCGUUGCCUUUAUCGACCUCUUGUUCGUCGGCGCCUUUAUUGGUGCCGUCUAUGCGCUCCGGGGCAUCGCUGAUGCAGACUGCUCCAGCAUCAACCGCCGAGGAUAUUACAGCGCCGAUCUGGGACUGUUCACCAUUUCUGGCAACACCUGGGGUUUGGACGUGGACCGUUCCUGUGCUAUGCUCAAGGCGUCGUGGGCAUUCGGAAUCAUGAACAUCAUUUUCUUCUUCAUCACGUCAAUCCUGGCUCUGCUCGUUAGCCGUCAUCACCGUGAAGACCGUGUCAUCGUUAAGCGCGAAGUUCACCGAUCUCGUCACGGCCACCGCUCUCGUAGCCCCCGCUACUCCUCCACCCGCAGCCGCAGCCGCAGCCGACGCAGCUAUGUUGUAUAAGCGCAUGCUGUUACGAGUAUGAAACGUUUGCAUUAAUCAGAAUAUUAUGAAUUUAAGGAUUCGGAACCCACGAGGGUUUGGGAACAUGUGGCAGACGAAUGUGAUUAUAUUACGAAUUUCCUUGGAAAUGCCGCCAUUUCACCAAUGUCUGCAGGUAUUGGAACAGAAGUGGAAUGAAUUGGUACGAUUACAACGAUUGUAUGAGGAUAUCCCCUAUUGUCGAGGUUUAACAUUGUUUGUUUAUUGUAGAUAGCCGCAUAAUCUCGAAUAUGAUUUCAAACU